GAAAAAAAGAGGAAGAAUGAGCUUCUAACCAUACUUAUGAAUGGCCGAUCUGUAAUUUUAUAAAUUAUUGUUUAUUUAAAUGAUGCUAAAUUGAAAAAUACUUUAAAAAAUGACUUCAAUUAUAAAGCUCCAGGUACUUUCGGGGGCUAUGGACGAGUCCCCUCCGGCUUAUCUCUUACAGGUCGACGAUGUAAAAAUUUUGUUAGAUUGCGGCUGGGACGAAAAAUUUAAUAUGGAAUUUAUUAAAGAAGUCAAAAGACAUAUUCAUCAAAUCGAUGCAGUAUUAAUAUCAUAUCCCGAUCCGUCACAUUUAGGGGCUCUCCCGUAUCUUGUCGGUAAACUAGGACUAAAUUGCCCAAUAUACUCCACAAUCCCUGUUUAUAAGAUGGGUCAGAUGUUUAUGUACGAUUUGUAUCAAUCCCAAUACAAUAUGAAGGAUUUCUUUUUGUUCAAUUUGGACGAUGUAGAUGCCACUUUUGAUAAAAUUAUUCAGUUAAAAUACAACCAAAGUGUACCGUUGAAAGGUAAGGGUUAUGGUUUAACAAUUACCCCAUUGCCGGCGGGUCAUAUGAUUGGGGGUACAAUUUGGAAGAUAAUGAAAGCAGGAGAGGAAGAUAUAAUCUAUGCUAACUCGUUUAAUCACAAGAAAGAACGUCAUCUCAAUGGCUGUGAAUUGGAGAAGCUCCAGAGACCUUCUCUCCUAAUUAUUGAUGCAUUUAACGCAACAUACCAGCAGGCUAGGCGAAGAGCUAGAGACGAGAAACUAAUGACAAAUAUUUUACAAACUCUUAGAAACAAUGGGAAUGUUUUGAUUGCUGUUGAUACUGCCGGUAGAGUUUUGGAACUAGCUCAUAUGUUGGAUCAGUUGUGGAGAAAUAAGGAAUCCGGACUUCUUACAUAUUCUUUAGCCCUGAUAAGUAACGUUGCUUAUAACGUUGUUGAAUUUGCUAAGUCCCAGAUAGAGUGGAUGAGUGAUAAGUUAAUGAGGAGUUUUGAAGGAGCUAGAAAUAAUCCUUUUCAGUUCAAGCAUUUAUAUUUGUGCCACACUUUAUCCGAACUAAAUAAAGUAGCUAGUCCUAAAGUAGUGCUGGCCAGUAGUGCUGACUUGGAAAGCGGGUUUUCUAGGGAAUUAUUCUUGCAGUGGUGUUCUAAUUCAAACAAUAGUGUUAUUAUCACUACAAGAACAUGUCCUGGAACUCUAGCGAGAGAUCUAAUAGACAACAACGAAAAAGGCAGAACCAUCGAUAUGAUUGUAGAAAGAAGAGUGAAAUUAGAAGGUGCAGAGCUGGAAGAGUUUGAAAAAAGACAGCAACAAAGAACGCAUAUAAGCAACGGGACCAAAGAUGAUGUAGAUUCAGAUUCCGAUAGUGAUAUAGAGAUGUCGGUUAUAUCCAAAGGAAGGCACGAUAUUGUUAUAAAACAAGAAGGUAAAGUUAGUGGAGGAUUUUUCAAAGUGACCAAAAAACAGUAUCCUAUGUAUCCGUUUCGUGAGGACAAGAUAAAGUGUGAUGAAUAUGGAGAAAUUGUUAAAAUUGAAGAUUACAGGCUGGCCGAUGUUAAUCCUGAAGCUGAAGAUAAUAAAGAAAACUUAGAGGUUAAGAGAGAGGAAGAAGAAGAAGAAAUAAUUGAAAUUCUGGAAGUUCCAUCGAAAUGUAUCGCUCUGGAGAGGACGGUUCAAGUGAACUGUCAAGUACAAUACAUCGAUUUCGAAGGCCGGUCCGACGGGGAAUCCCUGAUGAAAAUCCUGUCCCAGCUGCGACCUAGGCGGGUGAUCGUGGUGCACGGCACUGAAGACAACACGGAAGUCAUUGCGGCGCACUGCAGGGAUAACAUUAGGGCGAGAGUUUUCACACCUCAAAGGGGGGAGACGGUGGAUGCAACCAGCGAAACACACAUAUACCAGGUUAGGUUAACAGAUUCGCUGGUAUCUCAGCUAGACUUCAAAAAGGCUGCGAAAGAUGCCGAGGUUGCUUUUAUAAAUGCCCAGAUAGCUCUGAGAGAAAUCCAAGCUGAUGCCAAGAGAAUGACCACCGAUAAUGAACCAAUGGAAGUGGACGAUGAUGACCAGAAGAUACUAACUUUAGAACCACAUACCGCGGAAGCACAUCAUGAACCUGUUUUUAUCAACGAGCUGAAAUUGUCAGAUUUCAAGCAGGUUCUUGCUAAAGCCAAUGUUUCUUCGGAAUUUUCUGGUGGUGUAUUGUGGUGUUGUAAUGGUACAAUAGCUGUAAGAAAGCUUGAUACUGGGAAAAUUGUGUUUGAGGGUUGCAUAUCCGAGGAUUAUUACAAAGUAAAAGAUUUGCUGUAUGAUCAGUUUGCUAUAUUGUAAGAGUAUAAUAUAUAAAAUGUAUUUUUUAAAUAAUUUAAGAAUAAAUGUUUUUAUAAUUUUC